AUGCCUGACAUUGAAUCCCUGAAAGACCGUUCCGCCGUCGGUUCCAUGAGCUGCGAGAGGCUCCCUAUCAUUGAUAUCUCGCCAUACCUUGACCCAACAUCAUCUGAAGCGUCCCGUAAGACCACAAGCCAGAAUCUGGACAGUGCCUGUCGCGACUUUGGCUUCUUCUACGUCACUGGCCAUGGACUCUCUCCAGACUAUCUCAAAUCCCUCUUGACUCUAGGUCACCAGUUCUUUGAGCUCCCCCAAGAGGCAAAGGACUCUCUUCACAUCUUUAAGAGCCAAGAUGGUGUCCGAGGCUACCAGAAGCUGGGUGAGAACGUGACUUAUGCCAAGCGCGACCAGCAAGAGGCCCUUGACAUUUAUCCCGAGCCCGAGAAUCCUACCUCUGAUCAGCUCAACGGAAGCCAGCCAUGGCCCGCUGAUUCAGACUUGCCAGGGUUCAAGACUACAUUGCUCGAGUACACCGUGAAGAUGUCAACGAUCGGCCAUGCUUUCAUGCGCGCAAUGGCAGAUGCUCUUGGUCAUCACCCCAUCUUCGACGAGCUCCAGAAAGACAACUAUUGGGUCCUCCGCGUUAUUGGAUACCCACCGCUCCCCGAAGAGUUUGACCCAGAGAAAGGCAUCUCGUGUGGUGCCCACACUGACUAUGGGCAAACGACACUCCCGGUGCCCUUCAAGGUACUCACUCUCCUCAACUCUCCAAAGCUCCUGCUGACGGAACCUUCAGUCGAGUCCAAAGACGGCAGCUGGAUCCCAGCCGACCCCGUCCCGGGUGCAUUCGUGGUCAACAUUGGCGAUAUUAUCGAUACCAUCACUGGCCACCAGUACAAGUCCACCUACCACCGAGUCAUCCACAAGAGCCCUACUUACCGUGUAUCGAUGCCCUUCUUCUUUGAGCCUCAGAGGGACCAGGUCAUUGAGCCGUUGGAGGGGUUCUUGCCAGAGGGCUCGAAGCCCACUCAGGCUUUUACGUACUUUGAUCAUCUUAAGAGCAUGAUCUACAACCAUUUCGUGUCUAAUGACAAGCCUUUGCCCGAGAAGCCCAAUGCCAACGAGCUUACUCAGCGAGGCUAA